CAACGGUCCCAGCUCAUGAUGGAGGCCAUCAAGAAAAAGAUGCAGAUGCUGAAGUUAGACAAAGAGAACGUUCUGGACCGAGCUGAGCAAGCUGAAGCUGAGCAGAAGCAGGCAGAAGAAAGAAGCAAGCAGCUAGAGGACGAACUAGCAACCAUGCAGAAGAAGCUGAAAGGGACAGAGGAUGAGCUGGACAAGUAUUCAGAAGCUCUAAAGGAUGCUCAGGAGAAGCUGGAGCUGGCAGAGAAGAAGGCAGCUGAUGCUGAAGCUGAGGUGGCCUCCUUGAACCGCAGGAUCCAGCUGGUUGAAGAGGAGCUGGACCGUGCCCAGGAGCGCCUUGCCACUGCUUUGCAGAAGCUGGAGGAAGCGGAGAAGGCUGCUGAUGAGAGUGAGAGAGGUAUGAAGGUGAUUGAAAAUCGGGCUCUAAAAGAUGAAGAAAAGAUGGAACUCCAGGAAAUCCAGCUAAAGGAGGCAAAGCACAUUGCAGAAGAGGCAGACAGGAAGUAUGAAGAAGUGGCUCGUAAGUUGGUGAUUAUUGAAGGAGACUUGGAACGCACGGAGGAACGUGCAGAGCUGGCAGAGUCCCGUUGCCGAGAGAUGGAUGAGCAGAUCAGACUGAUGGACCAGAACCUGAAGUGUCUGAGUGCUGCUGAAGAAAAGUACUCUCAAAAAGAAGACAAGUAUGAAGAAGAAAUAAAGAUUCUUACUGAUAAACUCAAGGAGGCAGAGACCCGUGCUGAGUUUGCUGAAAGAUCGGUAGCCAAGCUGGAGAAGACCAUUGAUGACUUGGAAGAUGAGCUCUAUGCCCAGAAACUGAAGUACAAGGCCAUUAGCGACGAGCUGGACCACGCCCUCAAUGACAUGACCUCUAUGUAACUAUCAGGCCGCAGUGUGGGGUUGGGAUCCUGGCGUUGGGGCGCAGACUGUGCUUGGGUUUUGUCCUUGAAUCUGCAGCCUCCACCCACUUGCAAACAAACGUUGGUGCUGGUUAUCUGUUUGGCAGAACCGGAGGAGCCUUUUAAUCUUGAUGUAAUUUGUAUUUUCUCUUAUUCUCCCAUCUAGUUCUAAUAGGGUCUUAUUAUAUAAGUCAUACUGACCUGAGACUCCAACCUCUAAGGUGACAGUCAUGUGCCACUGUGCCCAGCUCUCCUUCUCACUGAGUUUUCACUUUGGUUUCUCAAAACUAGGCAUGGGUGACACGCAACUGUAAGCCAUGCCACUUAGAUGCUAACACAGGAGGAUUGGUGCAGGUUCAAGGCCAGCUAAUGCUGGGUGGCAAGACCGAGUCUCAAAAGCAUAGCAUAGAGCAGUCAUGGUGGCACUCACCUUUAAUCCUGGCGUGGGUGGUUGGAUUUCUAGAAUUCGAGGCCAUCUUGGACUACAUGAUGAGUUUCAGGACUGCUAGGGUUAUGUGUAGAGAUUCUCAUUUGUGCCCUGAUACUAAAGUUAAUGGGACAUACCCAGUGUGAGAAGCAGCCAGUUCUGAGCUGAGUCCCAAAGCAAGCCAAGCAGUAAACAGCACCAAAAGAUUUGGGGGACUUUACCUGUUUGCUGUGGAUGUUUGACUCUAACCUGCAGCGUCUUCCCACUAACCCCGGGAGAGUGUUGUAGCCGGUGUGUCUGGCUUUCUCUCCUGCUCUGUCUCUCUUGUUCCUUCCUAAGCUGCUGCCUCAGUUGAGCCAGCCCUUCUCACCUGGAGUGUCCUUUUUCAUACAGAUAAACUGUCACCGUUUCUGCCCUGUUCUGGAUCUACCCCCUUUCCUUGGGGAACCCAACACCCCACUCGCUCUGGAUUCCAUUUGGGUCACCUGGCUGGUUCCCAUAGCCUUAGGGCUGGAGGACCUGGGGGCGGGCACACAAAGCAAUUUACAUACUUGCUUUCCAACCCCAUAUUAAAAUGUUAAGCUGCCAGAAGCCUCACGCCUUCUUGUUAUUGACAAAGCUGUUGCUGCACAUAAGAAGGAGCCCUGCCAGUGUGAUGUGGGGACAACUGUAUUAGGCUUCCCCUCUUCUGAUUUCUGUAUGAUCAAAGCUACUUUGUGUGUGUGUGUUUUUCUUGACACUUAAACUUGCUGAUUGGAGUCUUGUCGGAGUGACCAAUGAAGGCUUCUUGAGUUGGAAGUUCUUACAUAGCCCACCUGGACAUUUUCAUUCUUUUAGCCUCUCUCCCGUACAGUAAGGUCAGUGACCAUUGAAUUAGCUCCUAAUACUCUGCCCUUUUGCCAAAGACUCAGACACUACAUCCUCAGACCCAUCCUUACAGUUAAUUAAUUCUAUCAUUCCAACUCACAGAAAAAGGUGUAACAUGGUGGGUUGGAUUCUUGAUAGAUGGGUGUUUCAUUUGUAAGCCUUUCUCGCUCACUUGAGGCUCCUGCCAUUGUUCUCCUUUGUUCUCUAGUGAGAUAGGAUGCACACAGUAAAUGAUGGGCAAAGGGAAAACUAGUCAUGCAUAUUUCAAACAACAUACAUGUGAGGGUAAUGAUUUACCACUAAACUUCUAUAGUGAAAUUCUUCUUGGUACAUAUUAUAGAAUUGAAUAUCAACACUUCACACAGCUGUUCCAGUUUAUACAGCUAAAUGCUGCAUAGUAUUUCAGUUUCUUAGCAGAGUAUAUAUUUGAAGCUUGCCUUUUCAGUAUCCAGGGCUGUGAAUGUGGCACAGGGAGAGUGUCACCCAAUGUACACAAGGCUCUUGAGUUUGAACCCCAGUACCACAAAGAGAGAAAGGGAAGCUAUAGCUAGGUAGAGAAGCUCUCUCCCAAGCCAGGUCCUUUUGCCUACACUAUCCCUGCCUGUCACGUAGCCUUUGAGAUGAAGUCGAGGUUGAUUUAUGUGGCAGGGAGGGCCUGGUGUUUUCUAGCUCUCCUGUCCUGACAGACAAAUGCAGCUGAGGAGCCUCCUGCACGCAGGUUGCUCUGAGUCUGAGCACAAGCCUUAAGUUAAAGGUGUUGUUGAGCUGCAAAUGGUAAAGGUCGAGGUGCUAAUAGGGAGGGGCACUGCUUUCAUGGUGACCCCCAAAUUGGAAUUUUGAGCUCUUUGGUUUUUUUUGAGCAAGUUUUACAUUGGAUGUCCUAGAACUCAGUCUAUGCCCAAGCUGUCCUUGAGUCAUGGCAGUCCUGCCUCUGCCUCCCAAGACAGCACCACCAACUGUACUGUAUGAGGUUUGCUCAUUGUGUUUGGUUUGGUGGUGCAGAAUUCUGAACCCAGAGCCUUGAGCUACAUCAUCAGCCCCAGGAUUGGCUUUUAAUGAGCAGAAUGUAGUUUAGAGAUAGUCAAUCCUCAGUAUUCUAGUUACAGAAACAAAGUGAAGAGGCAUAGCUGGGGAAGAACACAGCAGCUGUGCGGGUAGGUUUGGGGCAGGGUGGUUGCAGAAGCUUUGUUCCUGUCAGAUGACUGAGGGAGAUGCCACUGUAGUUUAUGACCAAGUGUGUGCUACGAAAAGAAUGAAAGUUGUUGCAUCUGGGCAUGGUGGGUAAGCCUGUACCCAGCAUUCUGGAAACUAAGGAGGGAAGAUCAAAAGUUCAAGGCCACACUAAACUACAUAACAAGACCC